AUGGACAAUGAACCAAAACUAUCGCAUAAAGCUAAAAAGCGUAUUAAGGAAGUUAAAAGGAAAGCGAGACCCGAAUUAGCAGAUAAAUACCAAUGGACAGCUUUAAAAUACUUCAAUAACUUUGAUGAAUUUCUAAAAUGUAAAGACAAUGUAGACAGAAUUAAUGAGAAUGAAGUAUCACAGGAAGAAUUUAUAGAGAAAUAUGAGAAAAUAUACAAACCUGUAGUUGUAACAAAUGUCCAGACUAACUGGAAAGCUAAUCAUAAGUGGACCUCAGAUAGGCUAGCGAAAAAGUAUAGAAACCAAAAGUUUAAAUGUGGCGAAGAUAAUGAAGGAUACAGUGUUAAGAUGAAAAUGAAGUAUUACGUAGAGUACAUGAGGACAACGACUGACGACAGUCCACUUUAUAUUUUUGAUAGUAGUUUUGGUGAGCAUCUCAGAAGAAAAAAGCUUCUUGAAGAUUAUGAAGUCCCUACUUAUUUUAGGGAUGAUUUGUUCAAAUACUGUGGAGAAGAAAGGAGGCCACCUUACCGUUGGUUUGUUAUGGGACCUCAACGUUCUGGUACUGGAAUACACAUAGAUCCUCUUGGCACAAGUGCCUGGAAUGCUCUGGUAUUUGGUCAUAAAAGAUGGUGCUUAUUCCCUACUCAGACUCCAAGAGAAUUGAUAAAGGUAACUGGAGCAAUGGGUGGCAAACAGAGAGAUGAAGCAGUGACAUGGUUCAAGCUUAUUUAUCCUAAGACACAGUUAGAUACUUGGCCCAAAGAAUUUAAACCGGUGGAAAUUCUUCAAAAGCCGGGUGAGACUGUAUUUGUACCAGGUGGCUGGUGGCACGUUGUCCUUAAUUUGGAUGACACAGUUGCGGUCACACAAAACUUCUGCAGCCGCACCAACUUUCCGGUAGUAUGGCACAAAACGGUGCGCGGCCGACCUAAACUUUCCAAAAAAUGGAUUAAAACCUUAGAGACCAAAGAACCUGAUUUGUACAAGAUUGCAAGUAGUAUGGACUUAAGCCAGAGUACUGGUGUCGCUUCUGACAGUUCCUCUAAUAGUAGCUCUUCUAGUAGUGAUAGUGAUAGCAGCUCCUCGGACAGCUCAGAAGAAGACAGUGGUCAGGAAAGCAUAACUGCACACAAAAAGAAACGGCGGAGAAAAAUGUGA